AUGAAGAUCGCAGUAUUCGCAAUCUCUGUCGUUCUGCUGUUGAUUUUUUCUCCCCUCCCGGGAUGCUCUCAAUUUCUCGACAUGGAAUGUGGAAUUCGAGCUUCAUCCGGUGGUUUUGCAAGAGUUGUUAAUGGCAGGAUAGCGAAUAGUAACUCGAGUCCCUGGAUGGCUUUUUUGCACACUUUUCAAAACGAGUUCAUUUGCGGCGGAACUUUAAUAACUAGCAGGCUGGUACUAACAGCAGCACAUUGCCUGGUUCCAUACACUCCACUAGCUGUUCGACUGGGAGAGUUAAAUAAAUUGCAAAAAAAUGCCUAUCGACAGGAGCAUCAAGUGGAAAAGGUCUUUAAGCACCGAUUAUACGAUCCAAAGACGCAUGUUAACGACAUAGCCAUUAUCAAACUGACUAAGACAGUGGUUUAUUCAGACCAUAUCAGGCCCAUCUGCAUUGUUUGGGAGUCCAAGUGGAGUUCUAUCAUCGACAGCAUCCAAGUUCUUACCGGAACUGGAUGGGGAAUGACCGAGAAGAGUUUGGAGAGCAGUGAACUAAGAACGCUCGAUAUCUGGCGGCAGUCGCCAAGAAUGUGUACACCUGCCACAGUGUCCAGCAACCAGUUCUGUGCGGGAAAUUGGAAUAGCAAUCUGUGCAAAGGAGACACAGGUGGUCCUGUGGGUGCAAUAAUUAGGUUCAAAAACUCGUAUCGCUUUGUUCAGAUUGGAGUUGCCAUCACCAACACCAAAUGCAAUAGGCCAAGUGUUUACACGGAUGUUCUCAGCCACAUUGAUUUCAUUCUCAGGGUUUACAGGGGACAUCAGGGCAGCGAUCGAAUACCACCGAAUUCAACUCCAAAUAAAGAACCAAAGUGGGACUGGAGCGAUACAGUCCCUACACUCUGGUAA